AUGAGCUACUACUACGGAGGCCUGGGCUACGGCUAUGGCAACUUCGGGGGCCUGGGCUAUGGCUGUGGAUAUGGCAGCAGCUUCCGCAGACUGGGCUGUGGCUGUGGCUACGGAGGCUAUGGAUAUGGCUCUCAAUAUGGAGGCUACGGAUACGGCUCUGGAUUUGGAGGCUACGGAUCCGGCUUUGGAGGUCUUGGCUAUGGCUACCGCCGCCCAUUUUACUAUGGGCGUUAUGGCUUCUCCAGCUCCUACUGA